AAAGGAAAUUUCAUCUGGGGGUCGUAUCGAUGGUAUUCGAUGCCCCUUGAAGUUAAAGACCUUUAUUCUGUAUCUCCUUGUUGAAUCUCUGUACCAAUGGCGAAACAAAGCAGGACAACGGGCUUUUUCUCCAAGUCUACCCACUUUUUUUAGUUUGAUGCCAAAAAAUUUGAAAAACCCAACCCUUUCAGUGCACCCUUAAGAAACUCAGGCUCUAUGGUUGCUGCAGCUGCAAACUGAACCCUCUUUGUGGAAGGCAGGCUUUUUGUGAGUGUUGGAGUCUACCGUCACAGAAAAAAAGCGUGAAUGAAGGUCUGCAGUGGUCGAGCUCAGUCAGGCUCACUGAUUUCUGUCAUGUAGGUGCUUGGGCAGAGUUUAAAACAGGCACGGCUAUGGCUACGGCUACUGACAGGGCUACUGCAGCACAUAAACGACAAAAACCUAAAGCUGUUAGCACGGAAGAAGGAAACAACUGCUGGGCUAGUGAAGGAACGCACACGCAGCCCAUGGAGUCGAGAAGUCAAUGUGGAACAGCUAAACACCAAGAAAGAAAAUGGCUACUUCCCUUCGGAAGCUUCGCAUGCUGCAAAAGUGCAUAACGACAAGCAGAGUAAGCAUCAGGAGACCAUGUUCCAGUAACCCUGGUUCAAAGUUGCCAUCCGUAGAAGGAGAAACCAUCCUCCACAACCCAAGACCUCCAGGACGUUGCAAGAUCCGCCAGCUACAUCCGCGGGAAGUGUCUGUUCUCUCCAACAGUCAGCCAGUAGAGGGCAGCAGAUUGAGAAAUGAAGAGCUGCGGUUGAUGUAUGACACGGAUCCCAACGGAUUCUUCCUUGCCACCGCGGAUGAUGGGGACGUGGUUGGUACCGUUGCAGCCUUGCGCCUGAGUGACAAGUUGGGGUUUAUUGGAUUCCAUCAUGUCAGAGACAGUUUCCUGGAGGAAGGAGCGAGACUUUGGGAUGUGGCCGUGGGUUACCUUGGAGACAGGAACAUUGGUAUAGAGGUUGCCAUGCAGGAUGUUGAGAAGUACAUGGAACUGGGCUUCAAAGAGGAAUGGAGAAAUGGCUGCUUUAAAGGCUCUGGAAUUCCUCUUCUACCUGAAGUUCAAAGCAAUAGACUCCUGAGAUCAGUUGCUGAGAUGGGGUUUGGCCGGGUGGUGGAUUUUGACACAGAUGUCUGUGGUGAGCCACGGGUCAAAUUUCUGCUCAAGUGGCUGAGGACUGACAACCCAAGAGCUGCCCAGGCUGUCCUAGAGGACAAUCGUGUAGUUGGCUAUGGUGUCAUUCGUCCUCUUCAGAGGGCUUCCAGUCACCGCAUCGGCCCGUUGCUGGCAGAAAACACUGCCCUGGCUCAGGUCCUUCUCCUCUCCUUGCUGAGCAGCGUGCCUCAGCAGACCCUGUAUCUGGACUCGCCCUUGGAUAAUCCCUCCUUCACCAGGCUCCUGGAGACUGACCUGAAGAUGGAGCAGGUGCAGGAGAGAGCCCGCAUGUACACCAGGGGCAAUCCACAUGUCAAUGUCAGGAAAGUAUUUGGCAUGCUCAGUAAAGACAUUGGCUGACAAGGAAAAAGCCCCUGAAUAUUUGGAGGGUACCUGCAUCGGCUGUGAUACCUUGAGGUCAAACAUGAACAGUAAGGAGACAGAAUGCAUCAGUAAAUAUUUGAGCAAAAGUAAUCAGCAGUCAUAGAGCGAUAUAUAAAUUACUAGCGCACAAACUCGCGGUACAAAGCGACAGACACUUGCUGGGUGCAUUCAUGUUUGUACCCAACCAUGGAAAACUUGAAAUUUGGAACAGCUUUUGUAUGGCUACUUGCAUAUGUACAUUUGGGUUUUAAAAUGUGAAAACAAUGCGGGAACACCAAAGGACUAAAUGCGCAAUCAGUGAGGGAUUUGUUUUAAACAAUGUACAUGCCUGUGAAUACGCGCUGCAGAUGAAGUUUCUGAGGCCGUAUAAUGUGUCAUCCUAAUGUUAAAAUGCAUUAUUUUACAUUAUUCAGCAAAAAGCAUUCAUGCCAUCUUACUUCAUUGUGUUCUACAAACACAUGCAUGAAUUCAAAAUGCCUGCACCCAGAAGAGUUAGGACUCUAGUAAGUUAAUGUGCUUUAUGACAGCAGUACAGGAAGCUUUAAGGGCACUAACAUAAUGUACCCCUCUAUUUGUCUGAAAGUUUUACAUUAAUUUCAUUUUAGCAUAAACUUUGAUCUCAAAGAUUUAUGACAUGUUAAGUUACAUGCAUUGAGUAUGACUCCAAAUUUGAUGUGCUUGUCAUAGGAGUUGUUGCAAAGUGUCUUAGCGUUUCAUGAAAUUAGCCCCAGUGAAAUUGGGAAGAUCAGAAGUGGUUUGGGUUGGGAUAACAGUCUAGAGUUCAUCAUUUGACCAAGUUUGAUUGGCUGGUCCUAAACUGGCAAUUGUUUACAAAGAGAGGUUCCAUUGAUAAUGAUGUAUGCAAUUUAUUGUACUGCAUUAACAAUGAUACAAUUGAGAUGUAGAGUAACUCUGUACAUUUGAAACUGCUGUUAAAUUCAAAGCAGCAAUUCAGAAAAACAAAAUUGCCAAAUACAUGUACAUGUAUUCAUUUCAUCAAACACUGCCAAAUGAUUAUUGAAAUCUGUUAAACCCAUUUAAAUCCAUUGAGGAAGUCGCUUCACCAAUUACAAUCCAACCUAGCAAAUCAUAGUUUCAAGUUAAGCCUAGGUAAGAUUUCUCUAAAAACACCCCUGAGUUGCAUUGUGCCAACAAUACUUCGGGAUUUCAGAGGAACAAACAAGUCCCAUAUCCCCCUUUUUUCCAUCAUCUUGCUUCAACCUCCAAUUACCAUUAGAUUAAUAAAGAAAGCGUCAGUCUGAGCACUUUAAAUUUAUAUGCAUUUUGGCAUGCCAAUACUUCAGUAACUAACCAUGAAUUGACAAAAUUGACAUAAAUCUGCCUUUGCCACACAGUAAUUAAAUAUGUCUUGCAAUAUUAAAAUUCAGUGUCGAUAUAAAGAGAUAACCCCCCUUAAGUAUUUAAAUGCUAAAAUGUAGUAGCUGUAACAACACAGUACACACUACUUGCACCCAAGGUGUUAUUUUAUGCCAGGAAAUGUUCACACAAUCUUGGUUGGAAGACCUUAGUGGUUUGAUGUUUCAGCACACGAAGUCACUGAACCAGGUACCCUGUACGUCCAAGUCAAGACUGCCAAGCAUGAUGCACUGCUAAAGAAGUCUUGGAACCAAGACUAACCUUGA